UACCAUGUUAUAAACAAAUAGAAUAAUAUGGAGGCUGGGGUUUCUCUCACUAGACUCGCGAGAUGAACAGUGCCACGGGACUGAGAAAUGCUCUCCUUCCAUCGAUUCUAGCUCAUUUCUUGAGAUUUUUGGAGCCUUGGGUGCGCCUUCAGCAGGUGAAUCCUAAUCGAAGGUUAUCUCGCUGAUUUUGGUUACGUAUUUUGGCAGAUUCGAAGGUAAACGCUGUGCCCGGCACCGUUCAUUCGCAAUUUUGAUUCUCUGAUUCAAGUUGAUCCGUGGGUUUUGGUUAGCGAUUCUUCUGAAAUUCUGAUCGGUUUGUCAUUCACUUCCAGCUAUGAAGUUGGAUUUCAACAUCAUUUGAUUUUUCUUUUGAUCCAAGACGUUUUGACUUUCGUAAUUACUGUGCACAGCGCGACUGUGGUACAUGAACUGUCCCAGGUUUUUGCUUGUUUUUGGCCUAGCUUUUGUGGACUUAUGUUUGUUUCUUUGUGAUGGUGUUGAUGCUUUACUCAACAACACUUGUCUGCUUUCACGUAUGUUUGACGUCUGAGAUGUGAACCCCUUGCCACACUCCUGUGAGUUCCUGUUGCUUUUAGGCUUGUUGUUUUGGUUUGCCCUUUCUGUUUUGGUGGUUGUGGAUGGUGAGGAGUGCCUGGUACCAUGGAUGGCCUUAAUGGUUAUGAGGGUGGGGCUGGAGUGUUUGAAAUGCACCUCAGCUGGGGGUGAACUUCCCUGAACUCCCCUUGUAAACAAUUGGUUAUUGCUGCUGCUUUGUGCUUCCUCUGGCCAGGAGAUUGUAGGAUGAAGAUGCAUUUUGACAGUGUGGAUGUCAAACACAUUGUGACACUGCCCUUCCAAAUGGAGGUCAAACACAUUGUGCCACUGCUAUUUUGGGGUCCAUGGGGUUGUAAUGAAGAGCCAGAACUGAGUUGAUACUGAGUGUGGCUUUGGAACCACCAGUUGAUCUGCACAGAACAAAACCUGCUCUUUUGGGAGAAUGGACUGAGCUUUUUGGCUAAGCCUUGCUGCUGGGACUGGUAACUGGGGGCCUUGGUGAACUUCUCACCUUUCCCUCAACCUCCUAAACACUCAACAAUGUCAUACCUUACUUCAUUUGCAUGAGGUAAGGACUGAUUUGAGCCCUGGACAUUGGUGGCUGUUUGGAAAUUGUUGAAGAGGAGGGAACUUGUAACCUUGUGCCUUGGGUGUGACUGGCCCUGUUAAGAGGACUGUCUGUUUGACCACGUAGUGGUGUUUUGCUUCUUUUUUUGUAUAAUUUAUGCUGCUGCCGUUUGGACAGUGGGUAUUAUUACUGCUAUCCAUGGACAGUAACAAGCUGUUUUUGCUGGGUUCUGGGGCUGUUUUAGGCAUGAUCAGAUGAUUGUUAUUGGAAAUCCUAUUUGUUGACCUUUUGUGGGCUGGAUAUUGCAGAUGGAAACCCACUGAAGUUGCUGUCCAUGCAGCCUUUAGUGAUGUUAAGAGUUCCCCUUCUCAUUGGUGAAGGUUUUGCCUUUUAUUGGGGCUGGUUUCAGGUAUCUUUUGCCACUUUGACUUACUGGAAGGCUUGCCUGGACUCUUCUGUACCCUUUCGGUUGGGGAUUGGAAGAACCUGGGCUUUUUGGGCCGUAUCUCUUUGCACGUGGGGUUGUUUUUGCUUUGGUCCCUGCCUAUCUACUUGUUGUGUCAGAGCCAAAACUGAGGGCAACAAAUAGAUGGAGGCUUUAAAGGGUAACCUAGGACAUUGUACCCCGUCUGGAUGAGGAUGAAACUUACCAAGUAUUCCUCAACGAGGGUAGACAACUUCUUGCAUUCAGGGAUGGGCCCCCCUUGGCUUACCGGUAGAAUCUAUGGCAAUAAUCACAGAGCACAUGCCUCGGAUGGAUUUUAUGGAUAAAACAUAAUUUGGAAUUUAUAUUUUGGAGUACCUUUGAUGGAGUCGAUGGAUCUUGUGUGCUUGAUUUGAGUCCUUGGGGAGGGAGUAUAUGUACUUGGCAUGAUACCACCAACAUAUGCUCCCUCAAUGCUCUCGUUUUGGCCUGCCAUACUGCAGCCUAGUGAUGCGGAGUACUGGAAGCUGACACGGAGCCAGGACAUGGACUACCACUUUUUGUGUUUGACCACUCUGAUACUUGUUUUGAUUGUUUAUUUGUACGGCCUGCGUGCCAAGUUGAUGUAUUGAUGUUGU